CCUGUUCCCUCCAUUAUAUAACAGAGAGUUUUGUAUAGGCAGAGCGAGAGAAAAUGGGGUGGGCAAUCGCACUACACGGAGGCGCCGGCGACAUACCAUUCUCGAUGCCACCUGAACGCCGCCUGCCUCGCGAGGCCACUCUCCGCCACUGCCUCCAGAUCGGUGUCGCCGCUCUCCAAGCCCAAAAGCAUCCUCUCGAUGUUGUCGAACUUGUGGUCCGGGAACUGGAAAACCAUCCCAAUUUUAAUGCUGGAAAGGGAUCUGUCUUAACCACCGCGGGCACUGUUGAGAUGGAAGCUUGUAUUAUGGAUGGCAAAACGAAAAAGUGUGGCGCUGUUUCUGGGCUCACAACAGUUGUCAAUGCUGUAUCAUUAGCACGAUUGGUCAUGGAAAAGACGCCUCAUAUAUAUCUUGCUUUUGAUGGAGCAGAAACUUUUGCAAGGGAACAAGGUGUUGAGACAGUAGAUUCAAGUCAAUUUAUAACUCCAGAAAAUAUUGAGAGGUUAAAUCAGGCAAAAGAAGCGAAUAGAGUUCAGAUUGAUUAUACACAACCAAUUCAAAAUGAUGAGAAAACCAAAAGUUCAACUGCUGAUGGAGAUAGCCAAAUUGGAACUGUUGGUUGUGUUGCAGUUGAUAGGAAUGGAAACUUGGCUGCUGCAACUUCUACUGGUGGACUGGUAAAUAAAAUGGUGGGUAGAAUUGGGGAUACACCCAUAAUAGGUGCAGGGACAUAUGCCAACAACCUCUGUGCAGUUUCUGUUACAGGCAAAGGAGAACAGAUUAUACGUGGUACUGUUGCUAGGGAUGUGGCUGCUCUUAUGGAGUACAAAGGUCUUUCUCUCAAAGAAGCAGCAGCUUAUGUUAUUAAUGAGUGUGUUCCAAGAGGCAAUGUUGGGCUGGUUGCUGUAUCCGCCACGGGAGAAGUAACCAUGCCUUUUAAUACAACUGGUAUGUUUCGUGCUUGUGCGACUGAAGAUGGGCAUUCAGAAAUUGGAAUAUGGAAUUCUGUGCAAGAAUGAGUGAUACUAAUAAACUAAAGUUCUCUAUCAUCAUAAUUGCCAUUAGAUUAGUUUCAACAAUAGUUGCUUGGGAGUGUAUUAUAAAAACCUGGAACAUGCUCAAAACUGUGAAAUGAAUAAUGCUGAAAAGUUAUGUAUGAAGAAAAUUGCUUUCAAACUACUCUCCGCUUGUAGUAAAUCUUGAAAAUUACUCUUAUUAUGUAUGAUUUCCCUCACACAUGUUGGAUCAAUCAUGGAUACUGAACGAUCAUGACCAUUUUUUAGGUCGUUGGAUUUCAA